AGUAGUGCUACUACUACCGUGAUAUAUACCAUUGAGCGUUGGCGGUAUCACUCAUGCUUUUUCUGCCGGAAUCCCAUGGACGUUUUCCUGUUGGAGCGACUACCUUCAAGCUUCCCGUAUCCACGAGAGUGCUGGGCACUGCCAACAUACGCAGACAUGGUCACAGUGGCGAUAGACCUUCAGUAAAACCUGCUUUACAACUCGAUGAAGUCAUAUUCACUACCUAUUAUCCUGCGGACAUAAAAGGCACCAAUAUCAAGAAAGGCCUGGACUGGCUUCUUCGGUCAGUAUCGGGGUUACACUGCCAGCAGGUCAUGCUCACGGUUCUAGUCCGCUCCAAGCAUCUCUACAUGGGUAUGCUCAUUACUCAGGAAUUUCCUGCCUGGCUCCUGUGGCCUAUUGUGUAUCUCUACGGUCGCCUGUUGAAAAUCCCAGUUUAUCCAAAUGCACCCCUCUUGAAGCAGCGUCCCAUUGCGUUUCCAGAGCAGACUACUCAGGCUAGAUCAGAAACUUGUCCUUCAAGUUGGCCUCUUGUAAUAUUCUCACACGGUCUGGGUGGUAGUCAGACAGCUUACAGUCAAGUGUGCACUCGUCUUGCAUCCUCGGGACGAGUGGUUCUAGCCAUCCAGCACCGUGAUGGCUCGGGUCAUGCAUUACAAGAAGAGGACUUGAUCUGGACUUUAAAUGACCAACAAACGAUGGUCAAUUUUCGACAGCAACAGCUGGCUUUCAGGCGACAUGAGAUAUACCUUGCAUUCAGUAGCUUCAAACAAUUAAUUCAAGAUGGCCACCGAGGUUCAAGCCAUGGCUUACAGUCAAUAGACAAGAAAUCUAUCGACUGGUCUUCGUGGUUAAGCGACGUCGAUACCAAGGCAGUUGAAUGCAACAAAGACGUUCUUCUUGCUGGACAUUCAUUCGGUGGUGCUACUGUUUUCACAAUCCUUUCUACGGAUCCUCCUGCCAACAUCACCGCACCCAUUCCUGUUCAUAAAGCCUUGAUCUUGGAUCCUUGGCUAGAACCGAUCCCUUCCCCUGGCCCACGCCCACCUCCUCAAGGACCAGGAGAUGUUUUGCCUCAGUUGCUUGUCAUUAACUCUGAGAAAUUUAGCCUGUGGAAGGAUCAUUUUUCACGAUUGAUCGACGUGGUGCAAGCUUGGGAGCCCGAGCAACGGAGAGUGCUGACUAUCUUACGCGCAAAACACGAAUCAUUUUCAGAUUUUCCUCUCCUUCCGCUUGUGUCUCGGAGACCUGCACGCAUAGUAAUGGACAGGCUUGUAGAAUUAUCAGAGACAUUUAUAGAUGGUAACAUAGACACGUUCUUGAACGAAACUGCGACUAGGAAGAUGGAAACUCGUAUAGUUGGGAAAAAGCCAAACGGUUCACCACAACUACAGCUCGUGGGCGAGUCUAAGGACAGUCAUAACCCACUAAUGGCUCCUACCAAGUCCGAUCCUGCGGCAUCAGACACUCCCAUCUCCCUCUUCAAGUCUAUAGGUCUCUCCCAGGCCAAAGCAGUAGAAGCGGCAAAGAACGCCAAAAGCGCCAAUGUCCUUCGCAAUCUGAUCGUUUCAUACGAUCUUGCCGAAGCUCACCUUGAUGAAAAGCAGGCUACGGUUGUCACCGCACUUGCUAGUCAGCUAGCUAAGACGGAAUCUGUAGAACCUAGCGAAGAAGCCUUCGCCGUCAAGGCAAUCUUGCAGGGCAAGCUCAAAUCUGUUGAUCAGAUCAAUGCUGCUGUCAAGUACCUCGAGACAUCUAAAGCACCCAUUAACGAGCUUGAAUUCGAUACAGAGUGUGGUGUCGGCUUCAGCAUCACUUCCGAAGAGCUCCAUAACACAGUCACGAGUUACAUCCGCGAGAAUUCUGUCACUGGCUGGCCUAACCUUGGUUCCGUCAUCAGUGGAGUCAAGGCCAACCCAGCUCUUCGAUGGGCCAACCCUCUAGAAGUUAAGAACGCCGUCGAGAAGGCGUUUACUGAAACCUUUGGUGCGAAGGAGGCUGCGAAGCCAAAAACUAAGGACCCUAAGAAAGAGAAGGCUUUGCAGCCAACAAUUACUGCAUCGGAGGCCGCUGCUGGGUCCAGUUCAUCCAAUAGAAAAACCGUUUUUGAAGAGGGAUUCUUAGGCGCUUUGCACAAGCCAGGAGAGAACCCUCAGACCAGGCCCGAACUUCGUGAGCAGCAUCUACGCGUGACUGAUGGCCAAGUCUGGACACGUUUCCCACCGGAACCAAACGGCUAUCUGCAUAUUGGACAUUCUAAGGCUAUCUUCGUGAACUUCGGUUAUGCUGCGCACCAUGGAGGGAAGUGUUAUCUGCGCUUCGACGAUACUAACCCGGAAAAAGAAGAGGCCAGAUAUUUUGAGAGCAUUAUCGAGGUUAUCCGAUGGCUGGGCUUCGAACCCUGGAAGAUAACCUACUCCAGUGACUACUUUGAUCAGCUACAUGAUCUUGCCAUCGAGCUCAUAAAACGCGACAAAGCUUAUGUCUGUCAUUGUACUCAGGAACAAAUCAAAGCUGAUAGGGGCGAGAAAAUAUCAGCUCCUAAAGCCUGCGUGCACAGAUCACGGCCGAUUCAAGAAUCACUCGAUGAGUUCAAAAAGAUGACUGAUGGUUAUUAUCGACCCAAGGAAGCCAAUCUCCGGAUGAAGAUGGAUCUGACAGAUGGCAACCCUCAGAUGUGGGACCUUACGGCAUACCGUGUUUUGGAUGCAAGCCAUCAUCGCACCCUGGAUAAAUGGAAGAUAUAUCCCACCUAUGAUUAUACACACUGCCUCGUGGAUAGCUUCGAGAACAUCUCCCAUUCCCUCUGCACCACGGAAUUCAUCGCUUCACGCCAGUCAUAUGAGUGGCUUUGUGACGCCCUGGACGUGUACAAACCGAGGCAAUCAGAAUUUGGUCGCCUUAAUCUUCAAGGGACAAUCAGCUCGAAGAGAAAGAUUCUCCAGCUGGUAGAUGAAGGCUACGUUAGCGGAUGGGACGAUCCUCGUCUCUACACCCUCAUCGCCCUCAGAAGGCGAGGCGUACCUCCGGGUGCGAUUUUGUCAUUUGUCAGCACGUUGGGUGUCUCAACGGCUGCCUCAAACAUCCAAAUUGCACGCUUUGAACAAACUGUGAGGCAAUACCUGGAAGGCAGUGCACCGCGUCUCUUCAUGGUCAUGCGUCCUCUCAAAGUCAUAAUUGAGAACGUGCCCGAUGACUACCUCGUGAUGGUGGACAAAUCAUUCCAUCCCAAGAACCCCCAGCUCGGAUCUUCACAGAUCCCAUUCACCCGCACAAUUUACAUCGACGCAGACGACUUCAGGCUGGAAGACUCCAAAGAUUACUUCCGCCUUGCUCCUGGAAAGAGUGUUGGUCUAUUCCAGGCACCAUACCCAAUUACAUGUACAUCGUACAAGAUUGAUUCAACUACUGGUGAGGUGACGGAGGUAUUCUGUCGUCUCGAAAAUUCUGGUACUCCUCCGAAACCCAAGGCAUAUAUCCAGUGGGUCGCAGAGCAUGCAUCUUCUGGAAGCCCUGUUCGUAUCGACGAGACAAGAGUCUUCCAUCCUCUGUUCAAGAGCGAUAACCCCCUAGCGGCCAUCCCUGACUUCAAGGCUGAUAUCAACUCUAACAGCAUAGAAGUCAUCAAGGGCGCCAUGGUGGAAGUCAGUUUCUGGCCGCUUGCAAAGCGGUGUAUUGCAGACGCCCUUGAGGAGGCUCGGGAAAGAUCAGCGAAAACGAAAGCAAUCCCAGGUUCGGGUUCCCACGACGCAAACACUCCAGAAAUCACACCAGAGCAGCUGGUCGGAAAAGAGUGUGUACGAUUUCAAGGUCUGCGUGUUGCGUACCUUGCAGUAGAUUCGGACUCUCGCUUGGGUGCUCUGGACGAACCCUCAGGUGUUGCUCCUGGGAUUAGGCAAGGUGAUUAUUUGGUACUCAACCGCAUUACAAGCUUGAAGGAAGAUGUUGGAAAGGGGAUAUGA